AUGUCGGCAAAAAUGGAGGACAGCACGAAAAGAUACAGGCCAUGUGCUGGGGCGAUAGUUUUCAACAAGCAGAAGCAGCUGCUGUUGGGGGAGCGGAAGGACAAGGCAGGGGCGUGGCAACUCCCACAAGGAGGUAUUGAGGAAGGGGAGAGCCCUACAGAGGCAGCUGCACGUGAGCUCUUUGAAGAGACAGGUCUGCGGGAGCCAACAGUCAAGACGAUCAAGUCACUAUGUGAGACCCACAAGUAUGAUGUGCCCGGAAAAUCUUGGCUUCACAAAGCUGGAUUUUGUGGGCAGGAAAUGCACUGGACCUUGUUCCUUUACCCAUCAGAUGGGUUGCCUCCCGUGAAUCUGAAUGGAAUAGGAGAGCCAGCAGAGUUCACGAGGGUGAAGUGGUCGACAUGGGAGGAGCUUGUCCAGCGAUCAGUAGACUUCAAGAAGCAGACUUACGAAGAUCUGUCGAAGAUUGCUGCUCCUGAAAUUGAAGAGGUUUGCAAAUCCCUGUAA